AACGCGGGGCCCUUUUCGUGCCCUCCCCUGUGUCCCGCGGCCUAGUCAAAAAACAACCCAAAGCAAGCUAAAAAUGACGGCAAAACAAUCUACUCGGUAACGCACGCUUUCCGUACGUAGGGGUACGACGUUUUCGCAACCGCAAUCCGGUCGAUAAAGCGCACCUCACGUACGACAAAGAGAGCAAGUGAUUGGAGUUGCAGAGCCAUAGCACCAUCGUUCCAAUCCUGGCACAAGUCGCAUCGCAGUGGAGAGAAUAAUGGCUCAAAAGGAAUCGGCACACACCACCGGCAGCGUCGACGGCGACGGCGACAGUGCCCCGACGGCUAGCAGUACCAGCACGAAAAAGUCUCUGUACACCCAACGGAUGCUGUCGGCGUUCGAUAUGCAAAGUUUCGUAAAGCAGGCGAAUCGUUUCAGUGCUGCUGCGACGUCGGCCACUUCCAGCGAGGAUGAGCAACACCAGUACUCCGGCUCGUCGGACGAGUCGGAAGAGUUUGGCAGCAAGUUCUUCCACCAGGCGGCGGCUCGUUCCUAUCGGGAACGUAUGUUCGACUUCAGCACGGUCGGGCCCGAGCGCAUGUGGUUGAAAAAUUUGCUGCUCUCCGAAACGGAAACCGAAAGCGAAAUAUCGGACGUGGACGAAUACAUUCACGAAAUGCUCAAGAACCAUCUGCGCGAGAAGAAAAUUCGGGAAAAGUACAACGAUUCGUCGCAAAACUCGCAGUACGGCUAUUACUCCGCUGGUUUGUUAUCGGAUAAUGACCUCUUCCCCGACCAUCGUCGCACCAUAGCGGGAAAGCGAAAGUGCAAGAUCGAUCAUGGCACCGGUAAGACGAAGGGCGUUAGGAAAAAGCUGAAACACUCCAAGAAGCGCAGCGGCGUCGAGGGAAGCAGCUACCCCGCCGAAGGCACCUCCAUGCGAAGCUCCAUGUUCGGGGACAAGAAGAGCAAGAAGCUGCUACAUCUAAAGCGUGGCCGACCACCAGCAGCUAGGUCUUCGGACGGCAGUACCGUGGAGCAUACGGGCGAUCACGACAGCUCGUCCACUGCGGGCGGCAAGCGGGGACGCAAGAUGCGCCUGAAAACGCCGGAAGUGAUGAACAUUCGGCGGCGCAAGAUGUGGCAACUGAUGGCCAAGAAAGAGGUUGGUAAGCUGCAACGGGCAAAGGCAAACAAUCACAAGGACACGAUCACCAACUGCCGACGGGUGGCAGCGCUGUGCAUGCGUGUCGCGCGCCAGAAAGCCAUGCAAUCGCAAAAGCUGAUGAAGGACACGGUCUGGCGGGCGAAGCGGUUGACGCGCGAGAUGCAGGUGUACUGGAAGCGGUACGAUAAGGUCGAGCGCGAAACCAAACGCCGCAUGGAGCGGGAAGCAGAGGAGCAGCGCAAGAUGGACGUGGAAAUUGUGGAAGCCAAGCGGCAACAGCGCAAGCUCAACUUUCUCAUCACGCAAACCGAACUGUACGCUCACUUCAUGUCGCGCAAGCUGGGCAACGUGUCGGCGGAGGAGCAGCUUAAGAUUCUUUCCCAGCUGGACGAGGAAAGCAAUCCGCGGCUGGCUGCGAUCGACAACUACGACUGCGAGCGGAUGAAGCAGCUGGCACAAAAGAAUGCAACCGAAGCGUUCCGCAGCGAGCGUGCGCGAACGAACCAGUUCGAUGUCCUCCAGCACGCAGAGCCGGCUUCCACGUCGAAGGACUCCCCGGUGCCGAUGGAACAGCCGAGCUUGCCGAGCACAACGGAUGAAAUGCCGGUUGCUAUCAAAACCGAACCGAACGCUGGUAUCGCGGAACUGCCGCAGCCUGCAAUGUUCCAGGGCCAUCUUAAAGGUUACCAGCUGAAGGGCGUAGCCUGGCUGGCGAACCUAUACGAUCAGGGCAUUAGCGGUAUACUGGCGGAUGAGAUGGGGCUCGGCAAGACGGUCCAAUCGAUUGCCUUUCUGUGUCACAUCGCGGAGCACUACGGCGUUUGGGGGCCCUUUCUGGUCAUUUCACCAGCAUCCACGCUGCACAACUGGCAGCAGGAGAUGGAGCGGUUCGUACCGGACUUCAACGUGGUACCGUACUGGGGAUCGCCGAACGAGCGGAAGAUUCUGCGCCAGUUCUGGGAGCAGAAGCAUCUGCACACGAAGGAUGCUAGCUUUCACGUGGUGAUAACCAGCUAUCAGCUGGUGGUGACUGACUACAAGUACUUCAACCGCAUCAAGUGGCAGUAUAUGGUGCUGGACGAGGCGCAAGCGAUCAAAAGCUCAAGCUCGAUGCGCUGGAAGCUGCUGCUAGGGUUUAACUGUCGCAAUCGGCUACUGCUGAGCGGAACGCCCAUACAGAACAGUAUGGCGGAGCUGUGGGCACUGCUGCACUUCAUCAUGCCGACGCUGUUCGAUUCGCACGAGGAGUUUAAUGAGUGGUUUUCGAAGGAUAUCGAAAGCCAUGCGGAGAAUAAAACCGGUAUAGAUGAGAAGCAAAUAUCACGGCUCCACAUGAUCCUGAAACCGUUCAUGCUGCGGCGAAUCAAGAAGGACGUCGAAAAUGAACUGUCCGACAAGAUUGAGAUCAUGGUGUACUGCCCCCUGACCACUCGCCAGAAGCUUCUGUACGUUGCACUGAAAAAGGAGAUCUGUAUCGAGGAUCUGCUGCAUCUCACGACGGUGGGCGGCGGCAACAGCAGCAGCAGUGACGGACAGUCCAUCGACCGCAACUUUACCUCGAAUCUGAUGAACCUCGUGAUGCAGUUUCGCAAAGUGUGCAACCAUCCGGAGCUGUUUGAGCGCCGGGACGUUCGCAGUCCCUUCUGCAUGAAGUGGAACUACGAGCUGGCGGAGCGUCCCAUUUUUCGAAGGCAACUUUUAAUGGACUACACCGUACCGAGCAAGCGGCACUGGCUGCACAAUCGAUUUUAUAUAUUCAAAGCAUUGCAAGUACAAAGCCGGCUGGUGAUGGAUGAUGGCGGACGCAACGUACCUGAGGAUAAGAGGCGAUCGGGCCUGUCCAAAGCAAUCCAUUACGAUGACUGGUGCGCACCGUUUAGCUGUGCUCGGUUGGCUGGAGGAUUGUCUCCAGUGCACGUGGAACAGAUUGCACGUCGGAAUGUGUUCUGGUUUUCGUAUCAUUUGAUUCAGGAGUGGAUGAAUUGGAUAUCCGUUCUACACUUUCAAUGGGUGUGGAGAGAUAGACAAAGCGACAGGUGGACGGAUCCCCGUUACCUGCUGCUGGAACCAACGGCGGAACGGUGGACAACGCGCUGCUUUCCAUGGAAAACUAUGGAUCGGCUGUUGUUCACCCAUGGCAGCCACACAUCAUCCAUUCCGGUGUACACUCACCGCGAUCAUGUACUGCACUUCAUGUCGGAAACACUAGACCAUCGCAUUAUGCGUAGCCGUAAGCAACAAAUUCCGGGCCAACCGUUAAGCCUGCUGCCCGAAAUCCCGUACGUUCCCACGCGAAAGCGUUCGCCUACCGUACUGCCUGAUGAGCCAACUACGAUGCCGAAGUUUCUCUGCCGCCACUACACCAAAGUACUCAACACAUCCGGCUGUACUGGUACGGCCUUGCGCAGAAUGUACGGCAAUCGUGCGUCCCAUGCCGUCUGUCGGUGGAGUUGCAACGAGAAUGCAUUGGCAGCGGAAAGACAGCUUAACGAGCAUGUGCAUGCGUCUUAUCCACCGCACGGAUGGUCCAACAUUAUCAUACCGGACAAGCAAACGCUUGUAUCCGAUGCAGGCAAGCUGGCAGUACUGGAUUCGCUGCUAGCGCGUCUUAAAGAGCAAGGACAUCGCGUGCUGAUAUACUCGCAGAUGACGAAAAUGAUUGAUUUGUUAGAGGAAUACAUGUGGCACAGGAAGCAUCGAUACAUGCGGUUAGAUGGUUCGAGCAAAAUUUCCGAGCGUCGCGAUAUGGUGGCCGAUUUCCAGAACCGAGCAGACAUUUUUGUCUUUCUUCUUUCGACGCGUGCCGGUGGAUUGGGUAUCAAUUUAACUGCGGCAGAUACUGUGAUUUUCUAUGACUCCGAUUGGAAUCCGACGGUGGAUCAGCAAGCAAUGGACCGAGCUCAUCGGUUGGGCCAAACAAAGCAGGUCACCGUGUACCGACUCAUUUGCAAAGGCACGAUCGAGGAAAGAAUAUUGCAGCGUGCGCGUGAAAAAAGUGAAAUUCAACGAAUGGUCAUCAACGGAGAUAAUUUCAAACCAGAUACACUCAAACCAAAAGAAGUUGUUUCCCUGCUGCUUGAUGAUGAAGAAAUUGAGCUGAAGUAUCGCCAAAAGACGGAAGAGCGUCGUUUAAUGGAAGAUCCAGUGGCGAAAUCAGCAAAAGAUCGUAAGCAAAAGCAAACGACUGGAAAGGAAGCGCAAGGCAAAGAUCGCAAGCGAGCUUCAGAACUGGGAACUGGUUCGUCGUUCGACGAGACUGGUGGUUUCGGUGAUUCCGCUGCUCCAAGUCCGGCGCAAAGCGAACGUUCAAACCUGAGUGACAACACCAGCAAACCGUUGGAUGCGCUAGACGAUUCCAGCAAUGAAGCAUCUACGAUGUCGUUUGACAUGAUACGGGAACGGGACAGUAAAACACGACCGGUCACACGUGGCGGUAGUAAACGCGGAAGGCCUCGCGGUUCUAGGCGUGGCGGCGCUGCCGGUUCUGGAAGUUCUAGACCUAUAGCAACGGAACAACCAACUGCACCAGACACAGAAACAAGCGCAUCGGGCACAGUACCGGCUGUUCCAUUAGCUGCCCCUGUUGCUACCGUUGCGCAGGUGAGGCGUGGCCCAGGCCGACCCCGGUUAAAAACAAACGGACCCAGCAAUCAGGGCACUCGUGGAUCUCACGCACGACAGACCAUUCGGAUACGAAAGCCAAUUGGUCCCCUUGUAGUACCGCUCGGUAGUCAGUCGGCGAAUGCAAGUGCAGGGAAACGCUUAGUACCGUCCUCUCCACUGUCGUCCAGCACCUCUAGACCGGCUACACCGUCCAGUGCAUCCCAAACUGUCCCAAGCUCAUCACAGUCAUUGUAUAACUCACCUGCCUCAUCCAUAAGCACAACGCCAAAACCAUCGGCACAAACCAGUGCCGCUGGCUCAACCAGAGAUACCUCCCAACACGUUCCUUCCGUUGGCAAUCGACCGACGCAUCGACAACCGACACAACCGAUGGAUAACGAUAGUGGUACAGAAUGAAGGGUACAUUUAUGUGUGACCGAUUUAAGUACGCCCGAAACUCUCUACUUUAGCACACAGUUUAAACCCAACAGAUGGCGCAUUAUCCAAUAGUACACCUUUGAUCAUACAGGAUUUUCCAGGAGUUCUCAUAGCUGUGGCACACUUUGUCUCCUUCUUACAUGAAAUGAACUGAAUGUAAUGUGAAUUGGAUUCUAUAGCACCCUUGUUGGGCAAAUGCAAUAGGAAUUUUCAAGGAGCCUGUCCAAAAAGGGUGCCAAUUUCCAACAAAUGAAGUUCACUUCCCAUAACAAAGAGUCCAGAAAGUGUCCCACAACUAUGAGAACCCCUGAAUAAACCUGUAUUGUAUUGCCGAUUUUAAACUAUUUAAGAGUCUUCAUAUCAAGUAAUCGAUAAAUUGCCAAAUAUCAUCAAAUUACCGUGUGUACAUUUCGAUUUACUACACUUCACUCAACAAAUGGAAGAUAUCGUAGUAACAAUUUUACUUCCAAACUGCCACACAAGAAAAAUUGUUAGACCAACGAAAAGAUGCAUUAGUCACAGUCAGACUGUUUUAUCGAAAAUGGAGUGUGUUUACUUUAACGACUCUAUUGUAUAUGGUUAAACUUAUUCAAUCGUUUGCUUUAGUGAAACGAUCUACUAAUACCUGCCUGGUGAUGAAGUUUAAUUCCCAUCUGGCCAGCCGAUUGUUCCUGUUUGUAAGGCGCAUAUUUUAGUCCGUUAAUCAUAGCUAAUUCUGUUAACCUGAUUUUAAUUUAUAUUAUACAAAAAGUGAUUGAUCUACAACUCUAUCCAUAACAAGUUCGGUAUUCUGGCUUAAAAUACAAUGUUAUACUUUUAUCUUACUAAGAUUUUUCAUGUUACGAUAGCUAAUCCUAGGAUAGCUCUGCCAAAUCAGCGCCAUCUGUUACAAAAGCUGUGUACUAAAGACAGAAGAGGGCUGAAGUAAAUUUAAACCACAAUACAGAAGUCACGUACUGCACAGUCCUGUAUAAAAAUUGCUCCCAAAAGACCUCCUAUCCGCAAUGAAGUAUGGUAAACAAUUACAAAGUAA